CCCGCCCGCCAUCUUUAUUCUUCCCCGCGAACGCAAGGCAGCCAUGCACGGGCACUUCCCGGCCAGUUUCUGGCAGAAUAGCGCUAGAGCAUCCCCUAGGGUUCCUAAUUGAGAUAUCUUGGCCCUCAUAGAUCAAGAAACAUUGGUGCUCGGAGCCGAUUCUGGUCGACAGAAGUGCAAUCUCUCGAGUCGAGCUUCCUUGUUCGCCAUGCGUUGCGAUAUCUUGUCGUUCACGGUUUUGGUGAGGAUCGUUUGGGAGUUAAGAUUAGCAGGAGAUUUGAUCGGAACCGAAGAGUCUUGACGCAUGUGUUGCCUUCUAUCUAUUUGCAGUAAAGCUCGACCGGCAUGCAAAGGAGAAAAAGAAACGACUUGUCAAAUUCGUAUGUGUCAAUACAGACAAAUUGAUGCAUGGUGCCGAACUACAUGACUUGGAGGAUGGGAUUCGAAAUGUCUUAGAAAGUGCAAAAGAUUUUAAUAAGCCAGUAGUUAGAUGGAUAAGUUUGGCAGUUCGUCAGCUGAAACUUGUGCUAUCUACCUUCUUUUGCAUGGAGAAACUGACUUAGGAAAUCAAUUACGUUUCUUUGUAUAUUUUCUUGGACUUUCUUACUGUUUCAUUGGAUUGUCAGCAAUUACUUCAUGCUUCUUUCAAUCAAUGGAAAAUAUUGUUAAGCAGACAAAGUCAGUGGUUGUUGUAGACCCUUGUUCAAAAGCUGAGUUGAUUAAAAAGGCUAAGAUAUGGAACCACACAAUAGCUGACAUCACCCUCCUGGCUUUGGGGACAAGCUUUCCUCAGAUAUCUUUGGCUAUAAUAGAUGCUUUCCAGAACCUUGGCUGUAAAUAUGCCGGAGGUUUAGGUCCUGGAACACUUGUUGGUUCUGCAGCAUUUGAUCUCUUCCCCAUUCAUGCAGUCUGUGUUGUGGUUCCAAAAGACGAAACAGUGAAGAGGAUAUCUGAUAUAGGUGUAUGGCUGGUAGAACUGUUUUGGUCAUUUUGGGCAUAUGUCUGGCUCUAUAUAAUUUUGGAGGUGUGGACUCCAAAUAUGAUAACCUUGUGGGAGGCCUUUCUGACUGUACUGCAAUUUGGGUUUUUGCUGCUACACGCUUAUGUUCAAGAUAAACGUUUUCCCUACUUCUCAUUUCCACUCCCACAGGGGAAAAGACCCGAGGACUGGGUCCCAGAGGAGUCUAACUUCAUCACACCUGACGUUGAUCUGAACAUCGAAUCUCCUGAUGGAUUUCAUGUUAGUGAAGAGCAGGAAGAAAUGGUGGACAUACUUUCGCCCCACUCCAGGAAAGGUCCUUCCUAUCAGAACAUUCCGUGUGAAGGUUUGGAAGAUUUAGUUUAUAGUAAUUCUUUCAAGAGGUUAGACAAUAGACGUGAUAUUCUCUCACUUUGGGGACAACAGUUUCUCAAUGCACCCAUGCCAAUCUUGUCAGCAAUUCGUCGGAUGAAGUCUAGAAAGGAAGACCACAUCAUUCUUCAACUUGGAAGAAUUUUCUGGGAGUUCAUUUUGGCUGCAUGGAGGCUUCUGUUUGCCAUUAUUCCUCCACAUCAGAUUGCUCAUGGUUGGAUUUCUUUUAUUUGUUCCCUAGCCUUCAUAACUGGUAUAGCCUAUGUCGUCACAAGGCUUACCCGUCUCAUAGGCUGUGUUACAGGAAUAAAUUCUUAUGUUAUAGCAUUCACAGCGUUAGCCAGUGGGACGUCAUGGCCAGACCUUGUUGCAAGCAAGCUUGCUGCUGAACGUCAAGUAACAGCAGAUUCUGCGAUAGCAAACAUAACUUGCAGCAAUGCAGUUAAUAUCUAUAUUGGUAUUGGCAUCCCCUGGCUGAUCAGCUCCACGUACAAUUCUGUUGUGAGAAAAGAGCCUCUGUAUAUAAACAAUUCAGAAGGUUUAAGUUUCUCUCUUCUGGUUUUCUUCGUGACAUCCAUCUGUUGCAUAUCUGUUCUAGUACUGCGGCGUCUAACUCUUGGUGGCGAGUUGGGAGGACCAAAGCCCCUGGCCUGGGCGACCUCCUUUUUCUUCCUGCUCCUUUGGUUUAUCUUUCUUCUUCUUUCGUCACUCAAAGUUUCUGGUAUCAUAUGACAAUUAUUUGUACAUACUUUUAUACCCCUGAUCAUCUUCAGGGGCAAUAUUUCCCCAUCAACUGGGAAAAGUCAUCUUAGUAAACUUCAAGUUCGUUGUAAAAAAUUAUCCUGGCAUGCUUCUGAAAAGCAUUGCUGUA